AUGUUGAAGACUUCAACAAUCAUUUAAAUGGGUGAUAGAAUAAUUGAGAGUGAUUUAAUUUUUUAUUUUCACUUCUGUAUUAGUAUCUCAUAAUCAACAAUGAGCAUUUUCUUAUGGAAAUUAAAGGGAUACAGAUUAAGUAAAAUAAUAUUUUUAAGCAUUUGUAAGAGAAGUAUCAAAAAUUGGAGUGGACACAGAUCAUAUAAAAGAAGUGUUAACAUCUUGCAAACAAAUAAAAUGAGAUUAAGCUACAAAAGAUGAAUAUUAUAAAAAAGACUCUAUUGUAGAUAUACAAUAUUUAAAUAUCUUUAUCUAAAAUAGUAUAAAAAGAUAUGAAGGAGCUAUAAAAGUAUUAAUUAACAACAUAAUGA